CUGUUUCAGUUGACAAUGGGUGUCUGUCCUGGCGUGGAGAUGCUUCAGAAGCUCUUGGAGGAGUUUUUCUCCAGAAACUUGAUGAAGUUCGGCUAUGGCGGCGGCCACGGCCGAGGGAAGAGAAUUAGAGGCUCAGUGGUGAUUAUGAAAAAGUGCCUCCUUGACUUCAAAGAUGUUAAGGCUUCGAUUCUCGAUCGAGUUCAUGAUUUCUUUGGAAAUGGCGUUUCCAUUCAGCUCAUCAGCUCGAAUCCGCCUGAUUCAGGAGAAAGAUUAGGAGUGGGGAAACUGGAGAAGUGGACAACGACGGUGACGCCGUCGUUAACGGCGGAGGAGAUUGAGUUGAGAGUUUUCUUUGAAUGGGAGGAGAGUAUGGGAGUACCGGAAGCUUUCAUCAUUAGAAACAAUCAUCGGAGCCAGUUUUACUUGAAGACAGUGACUUUGCAGGAUGUUCCCGGCCAUGGCGGCUCUGUUCAUUUCGUCUGCAAUUCUUGGGUUUACCCUGUUCAUCGCUACACUUACGACCGUGUCUUUUUCUCCAACAAGAGUUACCUUCCAAGUGAAACGCCUGAGCCACUGCGGAAAUACAGAGAAGAAGAGCUUGUUAAUCUCCGUGGGAAUGGCGUUGGAGAGCUUAAGGAGUGGGACAGAGUUUAUGACUAUGCUUACUACAAUGAUCUUGGAAUGCCAGACUCGGGAAAGAAGUAUGUACGUACCGUUCUUGGUGGCUCGAGCGAGUUUCCUUAUCCUCGAAGAGGACGAACCGGUCGAAAACCUGCAAAAACAGAUCCAUGCUAUGAAUGUAGGUUGCCUCUGUUGAGUUUAGACGUUUACGUGCCGAGAGACGAGCAGUUUCGGAACCUGAAAUUCUCGGAUUUUCUAGCUUAUGGUUUGAAGUCCAUUGUUCAGGCAUUGCUCCCAGAGAUCAAAUCUUUAUGUGACAAAAAUGUUAAUGAGUUUGAUUCCUUUCAAGAUGUUAUGAAUCUUUAUGAAGGAGGAAUGACCCUACCAAAUGAAAUACUAGGCAGCGUUAGGGAACUGGUACCUUGGCAGCUGUUUAAGGAGCUGAUGCGUUCCGAUGGCCGACAAUUUCUGAAGUUUCCCGUGCCUGAUGUGAUCAAAGAGAGCAAAACAGCUUGGAGGACAGACGAGGAGUUCGGUCGAGAAAUGCUUGCUGGAGUUAACCCGGUCGUCAUUCGUCGACUUGAAGAGUUCCCUCCAGUCAGCAAGUUGGAUUCUAAAACAUAUGGGAAGCAGAGUAGUUCGAUUACAGAAGAACACAUAGCAGACCACAUGAAUGGGCUCACUGUUCAUCAGGCUUUGGAUAUGAACAAGCUUUUCAUUCUGGAUCAUCAUGAUUCACUGAUGCCAUACAUCAGUAGAAUAAACUCAACAUCCACAAAGACAUACGCUACCCGAACGCUCCUCCUUCUGCAGGACAAUGGCAUCUUGAAGCCGUUAGCUAUUGAACUAAGCCUGCCACACCCACAAGGUAAUCAUCAUGGAGCUGUGAGCAAAGUUUUCACUCCUGCAGAAAGCGGUGUCGAGGGAUCGGUUUGGCAGUUGGCUAAAGCUUAUGUCGCCGUGAACGAUUCUGGUUAUCACCAGUUGAUCAGCCAUUGGCUGAACACUCAUGCCGUGAUAGAGCCAUUCAUCAUUGCAACAAAUAGACAACUAAGUGUUAUGCACCCAAUCUACAAGCUUCUUCACCCACAUUUCAGGGACACAAUGAACAUUAACGCCAUGGCUAGGCAAAUUCUCAUAAAUGCUGGUGGAAUUCUCGAAAGCACUGUAUUCCCAGGAAAAUAUGCCAUGGAAAUGUCAGCAGUUCUUUAUAAAAACUGGGUUUUCACAGAUCAUGCACUCCCAACAGAUCUAAUCAAGAGAGGAGUGGCGAUUCCUGAUCCAAGUAGCCCCCAUGGCCUCAAGCUUCUGAUAGAGGAUUAUCCUUAUGCCGUCGAUGGGCUCGAGAUCUGGUCUGCAAUUGAGAAAUGGGUUAUAGAAUAUUGUUCUUUAUACUACGAAUCAGAUGAAAUGGUUCAAGAAGACACAGAAGUUCAAUCAUGGUGGACAGAGCUUCGUAAUGUCGGGCAUGGGGAUUUGAAAGACGAACCAUGGUGGCCGAAAAUGGACACAAGAGAAGACCUAAUCAAAUCAUGCACCAUCAUAAUUUGGAUCGCAUCAGCCCUACACGCCGCAGUGAACUUCGGGCAAUACUCCUACGCCGGGUACCUCCCGAACCGGCCAACAGUAAGCCGACGGUUCAUGCCGGAACCAGGAACGCCGGAGUUCAAAGAACUGGAGACGGACCCGGAUUUAGCUUACUUGAAGACGAUAACAGCGCAGCUACAAACACUCCUCGGCGUGUCGCUGAUUGAGAGUUUAUCUCGACAUUCGGUGGACGAGAUUUAUCUAGGGCAGAGAGAUACGCCGGAUUGGACAUCCGAUGAAGAAGCAGCGGCGGCGUUUGAGAGAUUUGGGGAUCGGCUGCGGGAGAUUGAAGAGAAGAUUAUGAUGAUGAACAAGGAUGAGAAAUGGAGGAAUCGAGUUGGGCCGGUGAAUUUGCCGUACACAUUUCUGUUCCCAAAUACCUCGAAUUUCUACGAGGAAGAAGGCCUCAAUGCCAGAGGGAUCCCAAAUAGCGUUUCCAUAUGAAACAUCCUUCCUUAAUUAAACUAAUUAAAUAUUAAAAAUAAAAUAAAAUAUACGAAAAAUAUUAAUA